GGGUACCGCGCGCAAAUGGACCUUUUGUUUGUAAGGUGGAUGUCGCAAAGCACCCACGUGCUAUUCCUGAUUGUUUUAGUCAGACAAUAACUCUAACAACUCUCCUAAUUACAUGAGUUUUAUCGUUUGAAAUGUUGUAUUUAUAAAACCAAAUUCCUGAACUGAAUUCCCGACCACUGUAUAAUAGCGGCGGGAAGUGAGCACUGGCUGCAUACUUCAGAAUCCCAGCAGAUGCAGUAGGCUACGUCACGAGGCUAUUACUCAUCUACUGCGUUAUGAAUCGUGGCUAUUUGGACAUCCUACUCAUUUGACGCGCUGUUCUUGCAUACUACAUAGUGGUGAAAUAUGCUCGCGCGCGUGCGUGUCUGUUUGAGUGGCUGUGUGCGCACGUGUAUGGGAACCUUCCACUAAUUUCUGUCCCCUGAACCUCAUUCAAACCGUUCUGCCUUUUUUAGGUUUUUCAUUAAUACAUUAUUUAACUGUCCAGCCGUGAGCUUUAGAUCCCAGUGCCCUCAAGCCAGAGAGUCACGGUGGCGCCGACACUUCGUGUCUGCUGUCUGCGCUCCCACGGGUCACUCCAAACUCAAGAGAAGGGAAGUAUGGCCGCUUGUAACUAUAGCGGAUUGAGAAGCGUUUCCCACCGUAUAUUUAUUAUAGGUCUGCCGGUGCUACUGCUUGUCCAACUAUUGGUAAGUUUAACGGUGCCGCGCGCAUCUAGCGACGCGAGCGGUGAUGCGCCUGCUUUUCUCGUUAUAAGCAUAGAGAAGAGUGGCGGCUCAGCGUCGUCUGAGGUUAGAAAAAAUGAGCGGGAUUUGGAAAGCGGCGUGUUGGGUCUCUGGACUGACGAGAAGGACUCAAGACUGAAAGGAUACCAGGACGAAAACGAGCUUGAAGGACGCCAGGCCGCGGCUAGAGAGCUGAUAUGGCAGCCAUGGGCAUCAGAACAACCCUCGUUUUUUGCAGAGUUGCAGCGUCUCACCCAGUUCAUCACCACAACGGAGGUGAACUGCUCUCUGGUUCAGGGUCCAGAUGGGAAUCAAUCAACACUCUCUCCUCGUCACUUAGAUGUUUUGUGCAUCAACCACUGGAAGGGGAAAUGGGGUUGUGUGGCCUACUCAUUCAGUCUGAAUAGGAAGGAUGCUGCGUUUUUAGACACAAUGUUGCAUGCGGGGUGUGAGGUUCAUCGGUUUGACCCCAGCGGUCGAGGGAGUCGAGAGCCUGCAUCUAUUAAGAAUCAUCGGGCUUGGUUAGACUGGAGAAAUCCACGCCGUCAUGCAGGCCUCGUGGGUAAUGUACAACACAGGCUGCUUGACAUUAUGGACUCCCUGGGCCACACCAUGGUGGAUGUUCUGCGUAUGGAUUUGGAGAGCGCUGAAUGGCGCAUAUUAGAAAGCUGGAUUAAGGAUGGAACUCUCAGAAGGAUCAAUCAGCUCAUUCUGACCAUUCAUCUGCAGUGGGCUGGGUUUGAGGUGGGUGGUGCCGAAGAGGAAGUGGUCCGUUUCUGGUACAGUGUACUGAGAGCCCUCCGCAUCUCAGGACUCCAACUCGUGCAUUCGGCACAUGGCCCGGGACACAUAGUGCUGAGACGCAAACUGGCCGACUCUCACAGCUCAUACACACUCAGCUGGAUAAGGACAAGCGAGCAGCCCAGAUAACCAACUGCAGAAUCACUGCAAAAGACACUUUGAUGCAGAAGCAAAACGCUAAUUCCAUGGAAAAGUUGACAGAUGUGUCUAAGAGUACUUUAAACUAAAACAGCAUCAUUGAAUGAGGCUGGCGUGUUGAAUACAUACAAAUAUACAUUACAUUUUUAAGAAGUAAAGUUGCAUAUUAGUGUUAUUUUGUUUCUUUGCACAGACUAAGACAAGCCGUCUAGUGGUUGUGAACGGUACUGCAAUGAUUCAACUGCAUUGUGCGCACAAUUAAAUCUAUGCUGUGAUGAUUCUUUAAAAGAGAUGUCAUUUUUAUACAACAGGGCUACGUGCAAUAUUUUAAACAAGUGCACUGUUUUAUAUGAAAUAAACUACACAAUAAAAUGUUUAUUAGA